AUGGCGGGCGGGCGGCGGGCGGUCAUGGUGCCGGGCUGGCGCUGGGGCGGCGGUGUGGCCGUGGCCCCAGCCGUCUUGCUCCGCGCCUUCGUCCUGCGGCCCCCGGCCGGGUCCCGCGGCUGUGGGGCGCGGAGCGCCGGCACCGCCGCCUUCAGCGCCGGCGAGCGGCAGGAGCUGAAGGAGGCGCUGCGAGGUGCCAUUAAAAUCCCAACUGUGUCUGUGUCUCCAGAUGACUUGAAUACAACGGCCAUGGCAGAAUUUGGGAGUUACAUUCAGCAAGUCUUCCCGGCUGUAUUUUCUUCAAAGUUCAUCCAGCAUGAAAUUGUAGGGAAAUACAGCCACCUCUUUACUGUUCAGGGCUCUGCCCCUGACCUGCUGCCCUAUAUGCUGCUUGCACACAUGGAUGUUGUGCCUGCUCCCCCCGAGGGCUGGGAUUUCCCUCCUUUCUCAGCUGCAGAGCACGAAGGUUUCAUCUAUGGACGAGGAACGCUGGAUAACAAAAACUCUGCCAUAGGAAUUCUGCAAGCUCUGGAAUUUCUGCUGAGGAGAAAUUACAGACCCCGCCGAUCCUUCUACGUUGGCAUUGGGCACGAUGAAGAGGUGUCUGGUAGGAAGGGAGCAAUGAAAAUUGCAGCUCUGCUGGAAUCCAGAGGAGUGAAACUCUCCUUCUUGCUGGACGAGGGGAGCGCGGUGCUGGACGGGAUCGUCGCCGGAGUGAAGAAGCCAGUGGCUCUAAUUGCUGUCACAGAAAAGGGUUCAAUGACACUGAACUUCACUGUGGAAAAGGAGCCAGGACAUUCAUCCUUUCCUCCUAAGGAGACAAGUAUUGGCAUUCUUGCAGCAGCCAUGUCCAGACUGGAGCAGAACCCCUUGCGCAACCUCUUUGGCCAGGGGCCAGAGCUCAUGACUAUGGAGCACCUUGCAGCAGAGUUCAGGUUUCCUCUCAAUCUCAUCAUGAGCAAUCUGUGGCUGUUUUCACCUAUUGUCAGCAGAGUUCUUGCCUCGAAACCUUCCACCAACGCCUUGAUUCGAACGACGACCGCAGUCACCGUGUUUAAUGCAGGAAUCAAGGUAAAUGUCAUCCCUCCUUCUGCAAAAGCCACGGUGAACUUCCGGAUCCACUCGGCCGAGACGGCUGCUGAGGUGCUGGAGGCAGUCAGAAACACCAUUGCUGAUGACAGAGUGAAGAUUGAUGUAGUAGAGGCCUUUGAUCCACUCCCCAUCAGUCCUUGGGAUGAGCAGACAUUUGCAGUCCAUAUUUUUCAAAAAACCAUUCUGGAUACUUUCCCAGAUGUUGACAGUGUAGUCCCAGGCACGUGCAUUGGAAACACGGACAGCAGGCACUUCACCAACGUCACCAACGCCAUUUACCGCUUCAACCCGCUGCUCCUGACAGCAGAGGAUCUCCCCAGGAUCCAUGGGUUGAAUGAGAGAAUCUCCAUUGAGAAUUAUGAGAAACAGGUCGAGUUCCUCUUUCAGCUCAUCAAGAACUGUGACAUUGACACUCUUCCAGAGCCCCACUCCAGCUCCCACGAGCUGUGAGAGACACUCUGAGAGGAGCAGCUGCUGAGGUGGCCUGUGGGACACAGGGGGCUGGGCUGAAGGUGCAGUUCUGUGCUGGGCAUUGAGCUCCACCUGGAAUUUGGGGCUUGUGUAUCGUGAUUUACAUGCAGAGGGAAAAAAACUGCUGGUUGCUGCUUUGGGAAGAUGUGUGGUUUGCCACAGAACCUGGAUAAAACACAACAACCAACCCCCAUUUCUGCUCCUCCCUGGUCUGACGUGCAGCCAUUAAUCUGAUAUUAAUUUUUUCAGCACUUUCUUUAAGCCUCUGAAAUUGGUAGUCACUUAAAAAUCUGAGCUAUCAGCAGCAGUCACUUGCCAGUAAGAGGUGAAUCAUCCUCUGGGCUUUUGGCAAACUGAUUUCAUACAGCUAAUUGGAUUUUUCCUUAAUUUAAAUGAGGUGUCUGUCAGCAGCUCACGUGGAAGGUUUGUGACGUGCUGAAAGGUUUCAUGUCCCUGGUAGAAUCACACUAAGAGUUUAAAAUUGCACUGCUGGGUUUGGGUUGCUUUCCCAAGGGGAUUCUGCCAGGCUGCUUCCCCAGGGGAUGCUCUCAGCCAGUGUCAGUGUUAAUUCCCAAGCUCUCCCAUUCCUGCACUGAUUUCUGACUCUGUUUUAAAAUCCUGAGCUCCAGAAGUUGCUGUAACUGAUGAGGUGCU